AUGAGAGGACUCGACUCUUCUGAAUUUCGAAAACAGAGGCCCCCAAAGUUCGCAGGUGUACCGGACCCAAAGGUAGCUGAAAAUUGGCUUCGACAGAUAGAGAAAAUGCUAGACACCAUGGGCAUAACUAAAGCCGCUGAUAGAAUAGCUUUGGUAGUAUUCGAGCUUGAUGAUGAGGCUGACCACUGGUGGGAGUUAAUCAAGAAUACUCGUGACUACGCUGCAAAAUUUGAAGAGUUAGCCCGUUACGCAACUAGAUAUGCUGCAAAUGAUGAAGAGAAAGCAAGGAUGUUCGAGUGGGGGUUAGACCUUACAAUCAGGGGAAAAGUUCUUCCGCAACGACUCCACUCAUAUGUUGAGGUGUUGGAAACGGCAUUAGAGUCUGAAAGGGAAGUAACCGAUGCUAGAAAGGCUUGGAACAAGUGGAAAGGGAGUUAG